UCCGCGCCGGCGUUCUUAUCCCCAUGCGCGCAUAGAGAUUCCAGUGGAACGUUGAAUAAAACAAAAAAAGUGUUUAUCUCAAAGAAAGAGAAGAUAGUCCAUACCCAGAUUGGUAUUUGUAGCGGUUUUUGGAGAAUAGAGUUGAGAGAGAGCAUUAGGAGGAUGUUGAGAGUGUGGACGUGGUAUCAGAAUUGGUUGGCCGUGCGGCCAUUGGAGACCCAAGUCAUCAGCUCUGGAGUUCUGUGGGCUAUUGGAGACGUCGUUGCUCAAUCCAUCAACAUCUCCACUUCCAACAAACGCCUUCUCAUCUCUGGUUCAAACAAAGAUCUCACAAUUGACAGGAAACGCGUUGGGAUCACAGCCAUGUAUGGCGCUGGCUUCUUUGGACCAUUUGGCCAUUUCUGGUAUGAAGGUCUGGACCAAUUCAUCAAGCUCAGGUUUCGACUGCAGCCAAAUUCGUUGCAGUUCCUCGCGACUAAAGUGGCUGUGGAUGUCCUCGUGUUUGGCCCUCUCAAUCUGCUGCUUUUCUUCACUUACAUGGGGUUUUCGACGGGUAAGAGUGCGAGCCAAGUGAAGGAGACUAUAAAGCGCGAUUUCCUGCCAGCUCUAAUGCUAGAGAGCAGCGCGUGGCCAGUUGCUCAAGCUGUAAAUUUCCGGUAUGUCCCCGUUCAAUACCAGCUUCUGUAUGUGAACAUCUUUAGCUUGUUAGAUAGCGCUUUCUUGUCAUGGUUGGAGCAGCAGCAGAAAGAGGCAUCAGGGACACAAUGUUUUGCUUCAGUUCCCAUUUCAAAUGACCCAAAAGAUGAAUGCAAAUGAAGAUAAUGCCUCUUUCUUGUCUUAAUCUUAUUUAUGGGAAUAAUAUUUUCUUAAAUCCUUUGGAAUUUCUAAUAGUAACAUACUAAGAUCUGCAUCUU